AUGGAAGAGGAAGAAACAAUGCGAUGCAGCAUCCGGACACAUGACUGCAGGAUAAGUGCAGUGCAGCACCGGGAGAAGUGCGUGCACCCUGAUCUGUCAGAGUACUGCGUCAAAAUGCAUCUUUCAGGAGAGCAAGCUGAUUGUGAAGAAGGGCCAGUAGUGUCGUUUUCAAAAGACAAACCACAGACAGGCCCGGACUUUUCUGUGGGGAUGGAUCUCACACUAAACCAGGGCCGCAUUUCUCAGGCUCCUAGCUUGUCUCACUCUCCUUCCUCUCCAGGCUCUCUUGCAGAUAUGUGUUCAGCCUAUGAGCCUCUAACCACCAACCUUGUCAAAUCCUCAUCUUCAGAUCUUGAAGCAAAGGAAGACAGCCCAGUGAAAGGCAAACCACUGCUGUCUCUAGUUAAGUCACUGAGCACAGAAAUUUCCCGUAGGGUUGAGCAUGAUGAGAAUCUAUCAAAGUCUGACUCAAAGCUUCAUUUGUACCCACGUAGACAACUCAUUCAGCCGAAAAUCCCAGAAGCCCGACCUGAAGAAGUAGAUUUACUGAGUGAAAAUGACCCUUUGUCUAAGGGCAGUUUGUCCCCUAUAGAAUCUAAGGGCAGCUCUUUGAUUGCAGAGUUUGAGGACACACGGCGUAAAUUUUCUGAAGCUAUGCAAGAUCCUCUCUCUAUGUUUAGUAAGAUUAUUGGUGAUGAAAGCCCCAAACAAGGGAGGUCCAUGAGUACAGGAGACUCCACAGUUUGCUAUGUACCGGACCUGAAGUGUCGCAAAAGGACGGACAGUGAGCACAGAGGCGUUUUUGAUACUCAUAUUGGGAAAUUUAACAAAAGAUCUUUUGUUAAAUCAACUAUUACAACAGAACAUCAACAUUUCAGUGCUUUGGACCAAAAUGAAACUUGUUCACCUAAAGUUAUCGUACAGGAUUUGGAGGAUCAUACCGGAACUAGAGAAACAAAUUACAGAAGUCGAAGCUAUUAUCAAAACAUGCUCCCUGGUCCCUCAUUGCCUCUCUACUGGCUUCUACCUGUUGGAUUUAUGGCCUAUGGCUUCUUAAUCCUCCCCCUGCCCCCGUAUGUGACAGGCCUGUCUGUGGGGGUGGCUUGUGGAUUCCUUUUGGGGCUAAUUGUUGUAUAUAUGUUUGCACCAAGACGAACUGCCAUCAGAAGAAACAGAAAGCGGAAUAUUACUCAAGUGUAUAAGAAACGAUCAGAGGAAGGCAUGCUGGAGGGCUGGAUGAAUGAGAUGUACAAUUAUGACGCUGAGACUUUUCACCCUUCUGCCACACACUCUGUCUAUGUGUCACUGGAGGGCAGUCGCCUACAGCUCUCUCUCCCGAAUACCAACAUCCGCCGCUGGGCAUCACUCAACGAAACCCCCCCAGAGCCUCCUGCCUUUGUGCACUCACGAGUCUACCAGCUCACAGACUGCAAGGUAUCCCUGUUGCCUUCUGGUUUGGCACGAAAAAGAAUAUGGAACAAGAAGUACCCCAUCUGCAUUGUUAUUGGUCCUGGGGUAGGUGAUGGGCAGGAGGAGGGCAAAGACAGGCCAGAGAAACUAGUCACCCUUUACCUGUUCGGCCGCACAGGGAGGGACAAGGAGGAGUGGUUUCAGCAUUUUCUUUCUGCAGCCAAGCCCGAGGCCACGAGCAGUGACCAGGAUGAGGAGAGCUCAAACACAGUGUGUGUUGGAGAAACUGUUCAAGAUAGUUUUGAGGAGCUGGUGGACUUGACAGGAGCUAUGAAAACAAGGACUUUGGUGGACUACAGCACCUAUAUGGCUCAGUUGAUCAGCUCAGAGAGUUAUGAAGCUAUUCCCAGUCCAAUGAACAAGGAAAGCCCCAUUAUAUACAGCAGUACUGAGAUUCCUAAUAAAGACAACACAUGUGGUGUUGAGUCUGGAGCAGAGAUGGGUGCAGAUUUGGGGACACUUGGGUGCUCUUCAGAUGGACAUCCUCACUGGGUGAACUCACUAGUUGGUCGAAUUUUCUGGGACUUUCUCAGAGAAAAGUACUGGACUGACCAGGUUGCACACAAGAUUCAGAAGAAACUCAGCAAAAUCAAGUUGCCCUACUUCAUGAAUGAACUGAAACUAGCUGAUCUUGACAUGGGUACUUGUUUACCUCAAGUAAUCAGCACAUCCAAACCUUCACUGGAUCGCAGAGGUUUAUGGCUAGAAAUGGAGGUCAUAUAUACAGGCUGCCUUCAUAUGACCCUAGAGACUAAGAUGAACCUGUGCAAGUUAGGAAAAGAUGAUGAAGUCCAAAGUGAAAGUCUUCAAGAAUCUCUUCAGUUUGGCUCUAAGCCACGGCUGUCCAUACUAGCUGACAGUGAUGAAGAGUCCUCUAGCGCUGGGUCAUCUGAUGAAGAGGAUGUGUUUGAGCCUCUAGGGCCUCCAGGAGAGAAGAGCACUGUUGUAGUGGCUGAUGGUGGGAACAGCACAGGCAGGAAGAUUCUCCGAUUUGUGGAUAAGAUUGCAAAGUCCAAGUACUUCCAGAAGGCUACUGAAAAUGAGUACAUCAAAAAGAAGAUCGCAGAAGUGUCCAACAUGCCUCUGAUGCUCAGUGUGGAAGUCCAGGAGUUGUCAGGGACUCUGGCUAUCAACAUUCCUCCACCCCCUACUGACCGAAUAUGGUACAGUUUCCGAGUGCCCCCGCGGUUAGAUCUUCAUGUCAGGCCGAUGCUUGGGGAGAGGGAGGUCACAUUCACUCAUGUCACCGAGUGGAUAGAAAAGAAACUACAAUGCGAGUUUCAGAAAGUGUUUGUAAUGCCCAAUAUGGAUGAUUUGUACCUGCCACUGAUGAGUUCUGGCCUGGAAAGUACACCAGUGUCCCAGCAUUCUUCUGUCCCUUCAUCUCAACAAUCCUCUAUAGAAUCUCAGGAAUAUUUGUCCGAAUAG